AAAGCGUUGAACAUCAAUCCCAAGGCUUCCCCUCCAUCCCCACUCAUCCAUUCGCUUUCAUAACUACAUCAUUCCACUUUCCCCCCACUCUCUCUCUCUCUCUCUCUCUCUCUCAUGUCCACCGCCGAUCCGCCGGUCUCGCCUGCCGGCGUCGGCCUCGGCUACGGCAUCGCCAUCGCCGUCAGCUUCCUCGUCCUCAUUUCCACCAUAAUGCUCGCUUCCUACAUUUGCGUCAGGCUCAAGACCAGCAGCAGCGGCGCCCAUGGUUCCAGAGACAGCAACAGAAACGACGACGAUGUCGUCGUGAGCGAUUACCGGUACCAGCUCCACCACCAGCUCCGCCGCGACAACUCCUCGUCGGAGUCGGCGGCGGCGGAGUUCGUGGCCGGGCUGGAUCGGACGUCGAUCGAGUCGCUGCCCAAGAUUUUAUUGGGGGAGAGCAAGCGGCUGCCCAGGCCCAACAACGGCGGCCCAUGCUCGAUCUGCUUGUCCGACUACCGGCCCAAGGACACGCUGCGGUGCAUCCCCGAGUGCAACCACUGCUUCCACGCGCAUUGUGUGGACGAGUGGCUCCGGGUGACCGCCACGUGUCCUCUCUGCCGGACUUCUCCCGCCCCGUCCCCCGGUCCCACCCCGCUGGCUUCUCCGUUGUCGGAGCUGGUGCCGCUGGCCGUUCAUGUCGCUAGGUUCUUGCUUGUGAUGAGUGAUGACUUGAGGAUCAUGCCAAUUUUUUUUUUUUUUAUGAAAUGUAAAUGUCAAGAUGGUGGAGAUUAGAAAUUUAGUUGGGAGAGAUUGAAUUCUUUAAUUUACUGUGUAUAGUAAUUUCAGUAGCGGUAAUUUCUUAUUUACUAAUUCCUGAUUCCUAUAUCAUUCAUUUGCUUGUGAUUUGGGCCAUGAAUUUUGAUCUU